GGAAAGAGAGAGAGAGAGAGAGAGUUGGAGUCAGUGUUUCUAGUGGGUUCCUGCAAAAGAGCCCCACCUCCCCCUUUGUUUUCCUCCCUUUUUUUUCUUUUCUUUUUUAAAAAAAAAGAAUUUAAAUAUUUAUUAAUCUACUUUCUUACAACCCCACACAGCCCAGGAGAGAGGGGGGGCCCUGAAACAGGUUUGCCAGGACGAGAUUUUAUGUACCAUGGGAUGAGUUUCAAAUCUGAUAACAUUUACAACAGAAGGGUGAUAUAUCAUAAACCGGGACCAAAUAAAACCAUCAGUUUUCUUCGUAGGGAAGGAGAGGAGAAGGAGAUAGAGACUCGUGAAGGAUCAAAAGGUGCAAGAAGAUAUACAUCUGAGAAAAAGACUGGACCCUCUCUUUCAGUUGGGAUUUUGCUCCAAGGAGGACUUUCUCUCGAAUUCCCAAGAAAAAGUGAGGUCCUUUCCAGUUUCUUGGUGGAGAAGGACGAGAAUGGUUUGAAGAGGUCUUGCAUGGCGAGUCAUAAAGUUGGAGAGACUGGUUUAUCUGAUUCAGCUCCUUCAAAUCACCAUAUUCCUUAUGCGGCUCUUCCUGGAUUUUAUCUUGCCGGCACCAGUUUCAAUAAUCAAGAAGCAUCUGCCUUCGAUUUUGGAGAGCUUGAACAGGCAAUCGCGUUGCAGGGAUUUACCAUCAAGAAUGAUGAAGCUAAAGCACCUUUAUUCACAGGCAGGCCUGCAGCAACUCUGGAAAUGUUCCCCUCAUGGCCAAUGAGAUUCCAGCAAACCCCCAGAGUAGGAAGUUCAAAAUCAGGGGAAGAGAGUACUGAUUCAGGAUCAGCACUGAACACUCUUUCAGGUAAAGCCGAGACCCAGUUGGAGCCAGAUUCUCCUAUCAGUAGAAAGGCUUCCUCAGAUCAACAAGCUUUUGAUCAGAACCAUCUGCCGCUGCAGCAGCAACAAGUGGAGACAAUGGCAAGUGAUGGCACCAGAACAGAACCAUCUCAGACUUUACCAGUUGCCAAACAGCCCCCGGAAAAGAGGAAGGGAACUGGAUCAUCCUCAGAUAGACAACUUGAUCCUAAGUCAUUGAGACGUUUAGCUCAAAAUAGAGAAGCUGCGAGGAAGAGUAGACUCAGAAAAAAGGCAUACGUACAGCAGCUAGAGUCAAGUAGAAUGAAGCUUUCUCAGCUAGAACAAGACCUUCAAAGGGCAAGAGCUCAGGGUUUGUUCUUGGGGGUUGGCGGCGCAGGCGGAAGUAUUAGUUCUGGAGCUGCAAUAUUCGACAUGGAAUAUGCAAGAUGGUUGGAAGACAACCAACGGCACAUGUCAGAACUGCGAACAGGACUGCAAGCACACCUUUCUGAUGGUGACCUCAGAGUUAUUGUUGAUGGAUGCAUUUCCCAUUAUGAUGAAAUUUUCCGGUUGAAGGGAAUGGCUGCAAAAUCUGAUGUCUUUCAUCUCAUAACUGGAAUGUGGACGACUCCUGCCGAGCGUUGCUUCCUCUGGAUGGGUGGUUUUCGGCCUUCUGAGCUUAUUAAGAUGUUAAUAUCGCAAUUAGACCCCUUGACAGAGCAGCAAGUGGUAGGGAUUUAUAGCCUCCAGCAUUCCACACAACAGGCAGAAGAGGCUCUCUCACAGGGCCUGGAACAGCUCCAGCAGUCUCUAAUUGACACCAUUGCCGGUGGCUGCAUCACCGAUGGUUAUGAACAUAUGAACAUGGCUUUGGGCAAGCUCAUCAACCUCGAAGGGUUUGUUCGCCAGGCUGACAAUUUGAGACAGGAAGCCCUCCAUCAGCUGCGUCGAAUAUUGACCGUUCGACAAGCAGCAAAAUGUUUUCUAGUGAUUGGCGAGUACUAUGCCCGAUUACGAGCGCUUAGCUCCCUCUGGGCAUCUCGACCGCGAGAGAACAUGGUAAGUGAUGAUGGCUCCUGCCAGACAACAGAUUUGCAAAUUGUGCAAUCUUCACAGAACCCUUUCAACACCUUUGGAUGAGCAAGAUAUAUGUACACAUAUCCACCAACCCUGCAACCAUUCCAGGCAGCAGCUGCCUAGCUCCAUGAUCUUCUUAUCAGCUGCAUAUAGCUCUAGUUCUCUAGUUCUUUCUUUAGAGUAGAUAGGAUUUAUUUUAUUUUAUUAUUUUCUUCCUUUUUUUAUUUUUAUUUUUUUAUGCUUUGUUCUUAGGAUCUUCAUAUCGUUAUGUUAUCUUGUGAAUGUAAAUCAAUUUUAUAUGCAUGUGCAUGAGCCUGGUUAUUGGAAAGUGUUGGAAAGUGUGAGAUAUAUAUAUACAUAUAUAAAUUUAAAGGUAUAUCCUUUUUAAUA